GGCUCAACCGGAGGCCCCCGGGUCGGGGCAGGGCAGGGCCGGCGGCGGCGAGCCGGAGCCCGCCCAGCGCCCGGGCCCCGCCGAGCCCUCGGAGCCCACCCAUGGGGCCCCAGCUUCGCGCUCCCCCUCGCCCGACCGCGCCCAGCCAGGCGCUCCGAGCCGCGCAGAGGAGGAGGAUCCGUGCGCAGUGACCCGGGAGCCGCAGACGCUGCGAGGCUCGGUGGCCGGAGCGGCAGGCGGUUCCCCGCACCUCCCGGCGCUUCCAGGCAGCCCUCCGAGCCGUGCCAGAGGCCCGGCCCGCCGUUCCCAGCCCCGAGCCAUGAUGAAGACCUUGUCCAGUGGGAACUGCACUCUCAGCGUGCCCGCCAAGAAUUCAUAUCGCAUGGUGGUGCUGGGUGCCUCCAGAGUGGGCAAGAGCUCCAUCGUCUCUCGCUUCCUCAAUGGCCGCUUUGAGGACCAGUACACGCCCACCAUCGAGGACUUCCACCGCAAGGUGUACAACAUCCGCGGGGACAUGUACCAGCUGGACAUCCUGGACACCUCUGGCAACCACCCCUUCCCUGCCAUGCGCAGGCUGUCCAUCCUUACAGGCGAUGUCUUCAUCCUGGUGUUCAGCCUGGAUAACCGGGAAUCCUUCGACGAGGUCAAGCGCCUCCAAAAGCAGAUCCUCGAGGUCAAGUCCUGCCUGAAGAACAAGACCAAGGAGGCGGCAGACCUGCCCAUGGUCAUCUGCGGCAACAAGAAUGACCACAGCGAGCUCUGCCGCCAGGUGACCACCACCGAGGCCGAGCUGCUGGUGUCUGGCGACGAGAACUGUGCUUACUUCGAGGUGUCGGCCAAGAAGAACACCAACGUGGACGAGAUGUUCUACGUGCUGUUCAGCAUGGCCAAGCUGCCGCACGAGAUGAGCCCCGCGCUGCACCGCAAGAUCUCUGUGCAGUAUGGCGACGCCUUCCACCCCCGGCCCUUCUGCAUGCGCCGUGUGAAGGACAUGGAUGCCUAUGGCAUGGUGUCGCCCUUCGCCCGCCGCCCCAGUGUCAACAGCGACCUCAAGUACAUCAAGGCCAAGGUCUUGCGGGAGGGCCAGGCCCGUGAGAGGGACAAAUGCGCCAUCCAGUGAGCAGCAGGGACUCUGGGGAGCAGCUUGGGCAGUGCCUUAAGGGAGGUGGCUCCAGAUGCCUGCUGCCUGCAUCCCCCCAGUGGCACCAGCCUGGAGGCCCCGAGAAACUACACUCUCUCAUUCUCCUGUCUCCUUGCCUCUUCCCUCUGAGCCCUCUUACCCAUGGCUCCCCACAGCCACAGCUCCUCCAAGGGAGGAUGGAUCUCUGAAGACAGGAGAGAUCAUUCCUGUCUUCACUUCUCACUGACUUGGUGAGAAGUCAGUGCUGACGACGCAGACCCAAGUUGAGCCUUCCCAUCCUUUGGUUGGAAGAAAUGUGGAUGCCAGAGAGCCCAGGAGUCAUGCGUCAAAUGGAGGGUCCUGGAAUGAGUCACAGGACAAAAACAAAA